CAUGAUCAGCUUGCUGCAGUUCAGAUUAUAGUUUACAUUAUUACUGUUUUUUUUUUGCAUUUGGAAAAAGAGUGGAAGUGCUGGGCUGCAUGUUUGUGGACUGAAGUGGGUGUGAACGAGUUGCAGCAGCAGGUGUCACGAUGCGUUCACUGUCAGAAUUUGGAUGGACUUUUUUCCACCUCCUUCUGCUCCUGAAGAUCCUUGCAGCUCGGGGUACAGAGGUGACCUGUCGGCCUGCUGGUCCGGCUGGGGAGCAGCAUCCUGUUCAGGCUCUUCUGGAGAAAUUUGAGGCAGGUCCAGGCUGUGCUGCAAGAGAACACGGCAACAAGGAAACACAUGUUGUGGCUACAACAAACCCUCAGGAUAAGAUGGCUGUGAUGCUGCAGCCUCUGUCUCCAUCCCCACAUUUUCUCAGGUCCAUCCACCUGGUGCUGAGCUCCAAGUUCCCCAUCACCUGGUUUCUGCAGAAUGAGGGGUGUCCCCCAAACCUCUCAGUGUGGGUGCAGGUGUCUGCCAACUCCACCGUACAGUCGCACAACCUGAACGCCCGCGUCCAAACGCUUGCCUCGUUACCUUUCCGUCCUUUUUCUCUGCACCUUUGGGCUUUGAAGUACCAUGGCAGCCUGUCCUCUCUGAUUCACACAGUGGAUGGGAAUCGAGCCUACAUCCGGCUAGGAGAAGAUCCAUCCCUUCCCGCUGUCUGCCGCCUGCAGUCCACGUUCCUCUCUCGGAACUACAUGGCCUCUGACCUGCAACCACAGGAAGUGCACGGCUGUGCCUUCGCCAGAGUGGGCGGAGACAGUCCAGAGGUCCACGUCAUCAAGCUUCAUGCUGCAGGCUCUGGCCUCCGCGGCUCUCUGCAGGUGGAGGUGACUGUCUCACUUUUGCCCGCGGUGGCUGCUUCAAAGGCAGCAAAGGUGGUGUUGAUUCUCAGCAGCCUGGUGCCUGUCACUUGGGUCGUUGUUGCUCGUGGUGUGCAGGGUCACGUCACCGUUCACUCUUCCAGCAAUGUUACACCACCCUACCCACCUGAGCCUGGCCUAACCCUGUCCAGCACGCUCCACUCUGACCUUCCUGCCACACCUGAUCUCAUCACCUGGGCCAAUGAGAGCGGCUACUCGAAGGUGACGUCAUGCACCGAAGCCGACCUGGCCAACCGCUUUGUGAUCCAGCUGACUGAGGAGGGGGCAGAUGGGGCUGCAGGAGUGAAGUCUUUCCCAGACAGGCCACCCUGGGCUGAGGAGCGCCGGCUGAGGCAGUGGUUAAACACCGCAGAUGGAGCUGCAGGAGGCCGAGAAAGCUUCACCGUGACCUGUGAGGCUGGCCGUCUCAGUGUGACGCUGGACAAGAACAUCCUGCAGGGUUUGUCUGUCCCUGUUGCUGCAGUGACUCUGCAGAACACGACCUGCCAGGCUGAGCCCAACGUCACCCACUUCCUGUUAGACUUCCCUGUUAUUUCCUGCGGGACCACGGCUCUGAAGGAGCCCAGAGGGGUACGGUACACAAAUAUGGUGUUACUAUGGAGAGACAGGCCUCAGACCAACAUGACCUUCAAAGACAUGGAGAAGUCUAAACGUCCUCUCAGCAUCCAGUUCAGCUGCUUGAGUUUGAACUCCAGCUCCCGUCCUGCAGCUGCUGCAGAUGGAGACCGUCUUCCAGCAGAGCUGAUCCCAUGGGAGUCUGAUCCCGGAAUAACAGGCUUCCCGGCUCCUAGGUUGGGAUCUGGACCUGCUCUCCUUUUGAAGCUCUUUGUGUCUCAGAACUAUGAGCAGACAUGGAUCGGUCCCUGUGUCGUCACCGCUGACCAGCGUGUCUACAUCGAGAUUUCAGCUAAAAUUUCUCGUGCAGACGUCCUCCAAGUGAAGUCUUGUUUUGUGUCUCCUCUGUCCGACCCUCAAAAAUCUCCUUUCUGGAUUAUGAUAAAAGAUGGAUGUUCCUCAGAUCCUUCUCUGACUCUCAAUGUGAAGGCAAAUGAUGAAGAAGAGGAGGAAGAAGGACUUGAGGACGAAACAAGCGGUGUAAAGAUAAGCAGGACAGUCCCCCAGGAUGAAACACAGUCUUUAAGGUUUAGUUUCUUACUGCGGCCAAUUUUUAAUAACUCAGUUCAGUUCCUCCACUGCAGCCUCCGCCUGUGUCUCCCUGAUCUGACAAAGGAGGAGGCCAAGAACGAAGCAGAAAACAGCAGCAGCUGUCACGGUGGGAUGCGCAUUCCCCCCCUUACACCUGGAUUGCAGAGACAUGAGUGUCAGAUCAGAAACCUCUCCAGACCCAUGGUGGUCACCCACCCGAUCAGCUCACUGCUCCCCCGGAUGCAGGCCCACACCGGCCAAAGAGCCGUGAGACCCAGAGCCCCUCCGGAGGUCCGGCCAGACCCAGAACUCAACGGCUUGGAGCUGCAGACCGGAACGCUGAUGGGAAUCAUCUUUGCAGCUUUUGCAAUGGGAACCUGCCUCAUGGGGGCGCUGUGGUGCAUCUUUGCUCAUACAGGUAAUUCAGGGGGGCAGGCUGCUUGUUUCCGAGAGGCUCUUUUAACAGAGCAGACUCAUGGGGGCGGCGGUAUCAGGAUCCUGCCUCGUCUGUCUGACCAGAACUCCAGCUCGGUGUAAAGGGUCCCCUCCACCCCUGCAAAUCUGAGACCGGAGAAGUGGGACACGGGUUCUCAAAGUGUUUGAGAGAUAACACAGCUGCGUGUGUUUGUGUGUGUGUUGGUCUGGUUGUUUGCUGUGCAGCAAAGGUACCAGAGAAAACAUGUAAUAAACAGUGGAAGUUAGUCAUGGCGGCGUCCUUCAAAGCCACGGGCCGCAGCGUUUGAUGGUGUGAACCUUUGGUGCCAGGUCAUUUCAGAAAAUCAUCACAUGCAGCGCCGCAGCCGCAUCCAAGAACAUACUUCGAGUGACUCAGACAGAAACUGGUGAACUCUUUUUCCUCUGUGCAGCAAACAUGAUGUUUUCUUGCUUUUGCAUCUGGUGUUACCCAGAAAAACAACGUGUGCAGCACGAGAUGCUGAUUGCUCUAUUGUGUCUUUGUGUGAAGCUGUAAUAAAUGCCUUCCUGCCCUUUGGAAGCAGCAAUGCA